CGGCCGCCCUCCCGCCCCGCGCGCGCCGCCCGCCCGCCCGCUGCCGCCGCACGGCCUCCUCCGCGGCGGCGGGCGCGGCCGCACGAUGCCGGCCGACCUGAUGGAGAAGAGCAGCGCCUCGCCCGUGGCCGCCACCCCCGCCAGCAUCAACGCGACGCCCGAUAAGCCCAAGACGGCGGCGGAGCACCGCAAGUCGUCCAAGCCCAUCAUGGAGAAGCGGCGGCGGGCGCGCAUCAACGAGAGCCUGGGGCAGCUGAAGACGCUCAUCCUGGACGCGCUGAAGAAGGAUAGCUCGCGGCACUCCAAGCUGGAGAAGGCUGACAUCCUGGAGAUGACCGUCAAGCACCUGCGGAGCCUGCAGCGGGCGCAGAUGACCGCCGCACUGAGCACAGACCCCACGGUGCUGGGCAAGUACCGCGCCGGCUUCAGCGAGUGCAUGAACGAGGUGACGCGGUUCCUCUCCACCUGCGAGGGCGUCAACACCGAGGUGCGCACCCGGCUCCUGGGCCACCUGGCCAGCUGCAUGACCCAGAUCAACGCCAUGAACUACCCCGCGCCCCCUCCGCCGCCCCCGCUGCCGCCGGCCGCAGCCUUCGGGCCACCCCUGGUGCCGCCGGGUGGCGGCGCGGGGCCGCUCCCGGGCAUGCCCUGCAAGCCAGGCACCGACGCGGCCAAGGUGUACGGCGGCUUCCAGCUGCUGCCCGCCUCCGACGGGCAAUUCGCCUUCCUCAUCCCCAGCACCGCCUUUGCCCCCGGCGGGGCCGUGCUGCCCCUCUACGGCGGCCCCCCCACGGCUGCCACCGCUGCCUCGCCGCCUGGCCCGCCACCCGGCACCGCCGACUCGGUGUGGAGACCCUGGUGAGGGUGGCGGGCACCGGACUGGACUGAGCAUCGCGCCCCGUGCUGCUGGCACGGCUGUACAUAGGUUAUAUGUUCAUAUUGGAUUGUGCCUUUGUACCAUAGCACUCCCUCAACAGCGUUUCGUGUUUUACACGAGAUCUUUUUUUCUCCCUUCCCUCCCCUUCCUUAUGUGACACCAAAGAUCUUUUUUUUUUUUUUUUUUUGAAUGCUCUUAAAAUAAAAGUCUCUUCCAUUUUGGAAGGCCUUUGGAGAUAA